GGUGGCGGAAAUGGGCUUCCAUACAUUUGAACAAAAAAAAGGCUGUAGUGAGCGAGUACAACCAGCAGGUGGCGCUGAUGCAGAUCAAUGAACGUCGGAACAAAACACCCACGAAGAAGAAGUGUUUUGGCGGAAGUGCCUUCCAUUAGCAUUAAGCUAACGAUGGACAACACGUAAAUGAAUCAUGACGCAUUCACACAAUGGAUACACGGUGAUGAGUCGUAGCGGGCUGUUUUUGUUGUAAAGAAACCGUUUGUUUGUUUAUUUAUUUUUAUUUUACCGUAAUGGCGAGCGGCGGAGGCGGCGGACUGGCUUCAAACCAGAGCAGCCAGCAGCAGCAGCAGCAGGACGCGGCGGACUGUGGCGGCGCCGCGGCGGUGUCCAACAACAUGCAGCCCGCCUCCGCGCCUCCCGCACCGUCCGCCUCCCCGCCGGACCUCGGCCUCCACCGGGAGCCCGUGUACAACUGGCAGGCGACGAAGAGCUCCCUGAAGGAGCGCUUCGCCUUCCUGUUCAACAACGAGCUGCUCAGCGACGUCCGCUUCGUGGUGGGGAAAGGCCGGCAGGCCCAGAGGAUACCGGCUCACAAGUUCGUGCUGGCCGCGGGCAGCGCCGUCUUCGACGCCAUGUUCAACGGAGGAAUGGCCACCACCUCUGCGGAAAUAGAGCUUCCGGAUGUGGAGCCGGCAGCCUUCCUGGCCCUGCUCAGGUUCCUGUACUCUGACGAGGUCCACAUCGGACCAGAGACGGUGAUGACCACUCUGUACACGGCAAAAAAAUACGCCGUUCCUGCUCUGGAGGGUCGCUGUGUGGACUUCCUGACCAAACACCUGCGAGCGGACAACGCCUUCAUGCUUCUCACUCAGGCCCGGUUGUUCGACGAGCCUCAGCUCGCCAGCCUGUGUUUGGACACCAUCGAUAAAAGCACCGCAGACGCCAUCAACGCCGAGGGCUUCACUGACAUCGACCUGGACACUCUGUGUGUGGUCCUGCAGAGGGACACUCUCAGCAUCAGGGAGAACCGUCUGUUUGAGGCUGUGGUGCGCUGGGCCGAGGCAGAGUGCUACAGACAGCAGCUGCCCCCCACAGCCGACAACAAGCAGAAGCUGCUGGGGAAAGCCCUCCCCCUCAUCCGCUUCCCCCUCAUGACCGUGGAGGAGUUCGCAGCAGGGCCCGCCCAGUCUGGGAUUUUGUUCGAUCGGGAGGUGGUAAAUCUGUUUUUACACUUUACAGUAAACCCCAAACCACGGGUCGACUACAUCGACAGGCCUCGCUGCUGCCUCAGGGGGGAGGAGUGCAGCAUUAAUAGGUUCCAGCAGGUUGAGAGUCGAUGGGGGUACAGCGGAACCAGCGACAGGAUCAGAUUCAACGUUAACAGAAGGAUCUGUGUGGUGGGUUUCGGUCUGUACGGAUCCAUACACGGACCCACAGAUUAUCAGGUCAACAUCCAGAUCCUAGAGAGCGACAAACGGAUCACUCUGGGUCAGAACGACACCGGCUUCAGCUGCGAUGGCUCGGCCAGCACCUUCAGGGUCAUGUUCAAGGAGCCCAUCGAGAUCCUGCCCAACGUCAGCUACACGGCCUGCGCCACGCUCAAAGGUCCAGACUCUCACUACGGCACGAAAGGCCUGAAGAAACUCACCCAGGAGUCCACCACCGGGACCAAGACCACGUUUUUCUUCUUCAGCUCGCCUGGAAACAACAACGGCACGUCUGUGGAGGACGGGCAGAUCCCUGAGAUCAUCUACUACAUCUAGACCCGUACAAGGACCAGGAGGACCUCAGACCACAGGGAGGACCGGACCGGACCGGACUGGACCCUAGUGCCUCCGGAUCCCCUGGACUAAUGAAGUGUGUGUGUUUUAGCUGAGGCUGUGUAUAAAUAUGUGUGUGUGUGUGUGUGUGUGUGUGUGUGUGUGU